AUGGCGAUUAAAAAACAAAUAUCAAAAUUAUUCCAAAAAUGUGGCCUUAAAAAACUCAACUUUAAAUCUUUUUACUCUUCACAUAAACCUAAGAAAGGUCAAAAUUGUGAAAAUCAAAUUCAUAUUCCUAACAGUAUAGAUCAAAAACUUGAAAUAAAUGCGCAAGAAAAUAAUAAUAGAAAUAGCGAUAGUAAAAGGCGCUCUGAUGAAAAACCAAAACCUUCUUUCGACGCUUCGUUAAAACCUCUAAAUAAUAAUGUGAAUCGUAACAGUGAAAAAGUUUAUCCUGAAAGAAAUGUAAGUAAAGAAACUCGAGAGGAAGAAGAUAUGCCAGGUUCAGUUCCAAUAAAACUAACCGUCGGAGAGAUGCAAUUCACAACAAGACAACAAACUCUUUGCACAUAUCCAUCUUAUUUAUCAGAACUUUUUUUUAUCUUUCAAUCUCCGAAUUCCGAUUCCAACUCAAGUCCUUAUAGAACUUUACAUCCACAAUUACCUUGGCCUGAUAAAUUAUUCAUUGAUCGUGAUGGAUCCUUAUUUGUUUACAUCUUAGAGUUCUUGAGAACUUCUACUUUGCCAAAAUUACCUCUUUCUACCCUACAAAAAUUAGAACGUGAAGCAAAAUUUUAUGAGAUUAAACCUUUACAAGCAUUAAUUUCCAAAAGAAUUGAUUUAUAUUUAUCUUUUCCGGAAUUUAAAGUUAUUCCUGUACAAAAUAUUUCUUCUCAUGAGUUUUCUCCAACUUCCAAUGUUUAUGAAAAUACUUUCAAAAAUCACGAUGUAGGGUAUUGUGCACGUACCAUGUCAUAUGAAGAUUCUGAAGAAACUGUAACAGGAACUAGAUAUGACGAUAAUGAUGUUUGGGAUGAAAUGUCAGAUUCUUCUUCAUAUGUUGAAGUCCCUAUAAUUUAUAAUCCAACCAACGAAACUAAUUUUCAUGAUGAUAAAUUAUCUUACAAUCAACCAAUCAUAACACAAAGUUAUGAUUUAAAUAAUAAUACUUCAAAUUUUAAUUUUAAUAAUAGUAAUUAUUUAAAAGAUAAGAAGUAUGAUUCGAAAUGCACCUUUUAUAACAAUUUUAAUUAUAAUUAUAAUCAUAACUUUAAUCAAAAAAAUUAUCAAUAUCUUAAUACUCAUACCACUUCAAAUAAUCCAAUCACGAAUUUUACAAAUCGUUUACACUGCAAAUCUGAAAUUCCUGUUACUUUAAAUUCAAAUGAUUUAUUAGCUCCUGAUUAUGAUUUAAUAACCGUAACUACAAUUCCUAUAUUCUUUAAAAAAUGUCCUUAUGGUCAUGGUGAAGAGAAUCGUGUAAAUGAUUUUUAUUGUGAUACUUUGUGUACUGAGGAUCAUGUUGUAUUAGUUAAAGAAAUUGUUACCU